AUGACCGUAAAGUCUCAUCAAGUGAAUCCCCAGCAUUAUUUUCUUUGUUCUGGAAUGUCCGGAAGAAUCGUCUCGAAAUGUACAGCGCCUUUGACAAGGACGAUUCGAGCUAGGACAACAGCCCCUUCUCGGUGCAUCAGCUCCGGCGGAAGGAGGCAACCAUACACAAACAAUCAACGUGCUGGACCAUCGGGAUCGAAAGCCCGCGCUAAGCAAUAUGCAAUACCUGCAUCUGCUGCUCUCAUUACUGUUCUAGCUGGCUAUGCUAUUCUCAGAUCCUCACAACCUCGCUCCCUGGACGCUCGACCCAGCAGCCAAGGCGAUGCUCUAUCCAGCGGGGCUAAGGUCCAAAUAACAGGCCAAGAUCACGGUGAUGACGUUCCCAAAGCUCCCACGGGCACCUCAACCAUUCCGUAUUUUCCCAAAUCGAUUUGGCUUCCAAAUUCUGGCUCUGCUCCAGACCAAGGCAAGACGCCCGCUUUACCAGCGGGCAUAGGCGCAGCACAAGAGGAGGAGGAAUACCAACUUCUUGGGCUAGGUGUGCGAAAGGUCUCGCUAUUCAGGAUCGAGGUAUAUGUCGUGGGCAUAUAUGUGGCGAAAAGUGACAUUGCAAAGCUACAAGCAGGCUUGGUGAAGACUGCUGUUGGACCUGGAGCAAGUACGCUGGUGCAGGGUGAGAAGGAGGAUUUGAGAAAGCAAUUGCUUGAUGGAAAGGGGAGCGAGAGGGUUUGGGGAGAGGUAUUGAGGCAGAAAGGGGUCAGAAGUGCCGUCAGGAUUGUGCCGGUGAAGAACACAAACUUCGGUCACCUAAGGGAUGGGUGGAUAAGGGGGAUCGAUGCGCGAGGAAAGGGCGAGGAGUAUAGUGAUGAGAGUUUCAAAAGCAGUGUCGCUAAUUUCAAGGCGAUGAUGGGUGGCAAAGGCAGUGUGGCCACGGGGAGGACGCUGCUGCUUGAAAGAGGAGUCGGUGGGGCAUUAAAAGCGUGGGUGGAGGAGGAUGCAGCAUUGGCAGUCCCAGGAGCUCCGUAUUUACUGACAGGCAAAGGCGAUCGUAUGACUUUCUUGGGUAAGGUUGAGGAUGAGAGGGUCAGUAGACUGGUCUGGCUGGGAUAUAUCUCAGGCGAAAAUCCUGCAAGUGAAGCGGCGAGGCAGAGCGUCGUCGACGGCGUUAUUGACCUUGUCGAAAGGCCGAUUGGAACGAUAGAAACUCAGGUAGUCUAG